AUGGAGCAACGCAUGGACGAGGAGCAGUACCCCGGCGAGCACAGCGUAACUCCAGACGGCAAGGCUGAAGAGGAAGGGCUGCUGGGCGGAUGGAGGGAUGGAAACACGAGACGUGAUGAGGAAGAACUGUCUAUUUCAAAGCGAUCCUGCUUCAGCCUGGCUUUUUUUCCUGUGGUACUCAUCCUGGUCGCCGCCGUCCUCGGGAGUGUGUUGACUUUCAGUUUGCGAGCCUUGACGGGAGAAGGUUCUCGAGCAACAAACACCAUCACGACCAAAGAUUAUGCUCUGGAGCCUAGGUGGGACGACCAGAGCCCGCCACAGCGCAGAGAGUAUAACUGGAUAGUACGGGAUCAUAUGCACUCCCCAAAUGGCAUUCUCAGGCCUAUGAUACUGGUGAAUAGCCAAUUUCCUGGACCUAUGAUCGAAGCGAACGAAGGAGACACGAUCGUCGUUCAUGUCCACAAUGAGGCCGUCAAUGCCACAUCUAUACAUUGGCAUGGUAUAUACCAAAUGGGAACCCCAUAUAUGGACGGCACUGUGGGAGUAACGCAGUGUCCCAUCGCUCCUGGUGCAUCUUUCACGUAUGAGUUCACUAUAUCUGGCCAAAGCGGCACGUACUGGUGGCAUGCUCAUCAGAGCGUACAGUCAUCUGAUGGCCUUCACGGUCCGCUCAUCAUCCACGGUCGGGAGGAGAAGAAGCUGCAAAAGCUCGAAUAUGCUUCUGAUCGGGUUGUGAUGCUAUCCGACCACUAUCAUGACCUGUCCUCGGCUUUACUUUGGCAGUACCUCAAGCCGGACAUGGAGAACAUUGAACCAGUCCCAGAUGGCGGCCUGAUCAAUGGCAGAUCCAUCGUCAACUGUGAGGAUUUUCCAGAACGGAAGUGCAAUAAUCGCUCUGCUCAUGUUGGGAUACCGAGCUUCGACCUUCAGCCUAACCAGCAGCACCGCUUGCGUCUGAUCAACGUUGGCGCAUUUGCCGAGUUCCAGCUCCAAGUCGACGAGCACGAGCUUGCGGUCACAGAAGUGGACGGCACGGAUGUUGUCCCUGCUGCAUAUCAUCGGCUUCACAUCAGCCCAGCGCAAAGGUAUAGCGUUGUGAUCAACACGAACAACACCAAGGCUUCUGCGUUCUGGCUCCGCGCCCGCAUGGUCACGAAGUGUUUCACGGAUCCUCCAGAUAACCUGCAGCCCGAGAUUCGAGCAGUCGUUCGCUACGAUCACGAUGGAGCUGAUGGUACUAAAAUCCCAACGUCCAUAGACUGGGACGAGGCGCUGGAUCUGGAGUGUCGGGACAUGAACGUCACUGAACUGAUACCGGUCAAGGCUCUCGCUGCUCCACGACAAGCGGAUGCAUUCUUUUACCUUCGGUCAAACUUCGAGAUCGGAGCGUACAGGCUGAGCCGCGGAUUCUUCAACAGCAGCUCCUGGCGUCCUAAUGUCCAUUCUCCGUCCCUGCUACGAGCAAUCGAUGGCUUGUCGAGCAACAAUGCCUCAUUCACAGAAACUUCUACAGAGAACGGAUCAGCAUUCGUCAACGACGCUGCCUUUGACGUCUCCCGAGAGUUGACCAUCCAAACCACUGGCGUCCGGACAAUUGACAUCCUCGUCUCAAAUUUCGACGAUGGCAACCAUCCACUACAUCUUCACGGAUACGAAUACUUCGUCCUUGCCCAAGGCCACGGCUAUCCGCCACUCACCCACGUUGGCGCCGAAAUCACAUCUCAGAAUCUUGCACCACUAUACAACAGCUUGGACCUCUCCAAUCCACUCCGUCGAGAUACAGCGUCUGUCGAAGCCUUCGGAUGGAUCUUACUUCGUGUCGUGGCAGACAAUCCUGGUGCUUGGGCUUUCCACUGUCACCUUAGCUGGCAUUCUGAGGCUGGCCUCAUGAUGCAGCUCCUCACUCGGGCCGAUGAGUUGGCCGAGAUGGAGGUCCCUGAAGCUCAUCGACAAUUGUGCAGAGCUGCUGGCAUCGAGAAGGGCACGGGGCCAGGAGAUGCUGAGUAUGAGGAUCUCGCGAAGUAG